GUGCUUUAAUGAAUUAUUUUUAGAUUAUUUUUGUUUUUCUGUUUUCUUUGCUAUCGUAAUCCUUAACGUAAUGUCUAGUAUUCGCGCGCAAAGCAACACUGCGAGGCGAGCUGACUGGAUCCGUGGUCGGAUGAGGAAGGAUGGCGGAGGACGUGAAGGAAGAGUCGGUGGCUUCUAACGAUGAGUCGGAUCAAGCAGCAUCUGACGGGAGCCUAAGUAACACGAUGCUGACAGAAGGAUCCUGUCUCCUGCGGAGGAUGGAGAUCUGUGUUGCUGAAGCUGAGAAAAGGAGCGGUAAGAAUGCAGUUAGCAUGCAGGAGACCUACACUGUGUACCUGGUUGAGACAAGACCAAUUGAUGCAAUCGCAGAAGGCCAUAAUCCACCGCCUGACUCUCUGUGGAGGCGAUACAGUGAGUUUGAACUGCUGAGGAACUAUCUGAUAGUUACAUAUCCAUACAUCGUGGUUCCUCCUCUGCCUGAGAAGAGGGCAGAGUUUGUAUGGCACAAGCUUUCUGCAGACAACAUGGACCCAGACUUUGUGGAGCGGCGCAGGAUUGGGCUGGAGAACUUCCUGCUCCGUGUGGCCUCUCAUCCAGUUCUCUCCAACAACGAGAUGCUUUACCACUUCCUCACCAAGGAGCAUGGCUGGAAGGAAAUGGUAUAUGAGACGGGUUUCCAGACAAAGGCAGAUUCCAGACUCAGAGCUUUGAGCGCCACCUUCAGGGUGAGAAGUCCUCAUAAACGCCUAGUGGAGAUGAAACAUUACAGCGACGGACUUCAGUCUCACACUUCUCAGCUGCUUCGAGCACGAACUAGGGUUGCUGAUAGACUGUAUGCUGUUUACAAAGUCCACGGAAACUAUGGACGAGUCUUCAGUGAGUGGAGUGCCAUAGAGAAAGAGAUGGGAGAUGGACUGCAGAGCGCUGGUCAUCACAUGGAUGCCUAUGCUGCCUCAGUAGACGACAUCUUGGAAGAAGAGGAACAUUAUGCUGACCAGCUGAAAGAAUAUCUGUCCUAUGCUGAAGCUCUGAGGGCAGUGUGCAGAAAACACGAGCUGAGCCAGUUUGAGCUGGAAAUGGCUUCCCAGGACCUCAUCUCUAAGAAGCAGCAGCGUGAGGAGUUGGCCACCGGGAUAGUUCGCACUUUCUCCUUAAAAGGCAUGACCAACAAGCUUUUCGGGCAAGAAGCACCUGAGCAGAGGGAGGCCAAGCUCAACCUGCUGGAGGAGCUGAUAGCAGAGGGGGAAGAGACUGUGAAGGAGAAAACAGCUGAGUGCGAUGAGCAUGCUGAAAAGGCGUGGGCAGACAUUGUCCGUUUUAAGGAUCAGAAGGACAAAGAUCUGCAAGAGGCGCUCAUCAACUACGCUCUCAUGCAAAUCAGCAUGUGCAAGAAGGGAAUACAAGUGUGGAAUAAUGCCAAAGAAUGCUUUCUUAAGAUGUAGAGUCAAAGCCGUACAAGUUCUACUAAUAUAAGUGAGACCUGUGGACACAUUUAUACACAGGAACAUCUUAUCCAAGUACUUUGAAGGAGGUGGGGGAGAACAUAAAAAUGACCUGGGACCUGAUGUUUAAACGUUUAAUAUUUUUCAAAAGUUACAUGCUGGAGAUUGUUUAUAUGCUGUUGGAUCUAUAAAAAUGAGCACAGUGGGAGGAUGGGCUGGUGAGGCUGAAACUAGAGGAGAAGGUAUGAAAAUAUCUGAAACUUAACCCAAAGGUAUAGAGUGGGAGCAAAUGAUUAGCACCUCAAAAGUUCAAAUAUUAGCUGAACCCUGACUCCAAACCCUGGGAGGACUUACAACAGAACAGGAGGAAGCCCAAACCAUUCCUUUCACCAAACCGACUGGACAAGGAUCAGAUCCCAGACCGCAGCGUCUUCGCCUACCUUUAACUGUACAGCCAGGUAGAAUAUUAUAGAGGGUGGAAUAUUGACUCUGCUGCCUGGAAAUUAAGUCUUCAGUCAGAGGCCUCUGCAUAUUGGUUGCUAGACUGACUGCUAUCAAAGAUUCUUUCCACCCACAGCAUCACCAUACAAAAUGAUUCUUUGAUGAAUUUAGUUUUCAUUUCCCUUUGAGAUAAAUAAAGUAUUUUUGAAUUGAAUUGAAACUUUGACACUGAAGUCCUGAAAAAUAUAUGGUCAAUGUCCCAUUAUAUAUAUAGAAAAAAACAUAAUCUUGUAAUUAGUCAGACACUUAAUGGUAUUAUUUAGAAGGAUCAUGUAAUGUAAGCUUUAGCGGUGUGUUUAUUACCAAUGUGCAGUAAUUCUAUCGCUGGUAAAAAAAAUUACAUUACAAUUGCAAAGGCCAAUUUAUGUGAUCCAAACUGGAUCCAAAGAACCAAAAUGGAAUGAAGGAAACUCCAUCCAUAUAAAUCUCAGGAAAGGAACAUGAUGAUGAAAGGGAUAAACUUGGACCAGAUCUACAACAUGAGCAGAAAGGCAGGCCGUGAGUGAACAUAAUUCUUAUCGUCUUGUUUGUACUCAUCUUAAACAUGUGGUGUGAAUUUUUUGAUUAAAAAUGCUUGAUUACUUCAUCUAUUUCAGCUGAGUUCAUGCAAAAAAAAAGUAAAAUAUUUGAAAGUGGUGAGGACUUUAGGAUGUGAAGGGUUACCGCUUGACAUUCAGACAUUACUCCAUUUCUGCUCAACCGAAGAGAAAGUUUUGAACAUUUGUUCAACUGAUUUCAGUGUUGGUACAAAUAAAAUAUGCUCUAAUGAUGGCAUGUUUCUUUACUAUGUUGCAAUAAUUUAUUCUGUUGCGGCAAUUGGGUAUAUGUGGCAGUGGGGUGUUGCCAGUAAGGUAUCCCACAAUGCAUUGUGCCACCAGCAGCAGCAAGUUUAAGGAGAAAUGGUCAUCUGUGCAGUUGGUUUGUCUAGAAUGAGCCACUUUCAGAGCAAUUCUCUAAUUAGCCAGUUUUGGCAUCUAUAUUUGCACGAAACUCAGCUAUGAGUGAGCUGUAUGACUGUGGUGUUCUGCCUGAUGGUGCAGCAUUGUAUAUAAUUAUGUUUUCUGAAAAAAAAUAGCAAACUAUCACUGCUUUGUAUAUCAUCUGUUAAUGUUUGAGCAGAGAAACAAAUAAAAAGCAGGAGCCAGGAA